UCUCUCCCUCCUAUAAAUCCCUCAAACAACCGCCACCGCUCCUAGUCAUCGUCCUCCCCUCACCACCAACUCAAAACCAGAAUUAGCCAAACAAGAAUCUAAACUUCCAUUUUAUGAUCCCCGCUACUGUGAAGGUUUUGUAAACUCUAUGGCUGUCACCGGGAAGGAUGUGGAUCGGAUUAAGGGCCCAUGGAGCCCCGAGGAAGAUGAAGCCUUACGGAAGCUGGUCCAGAAGCACGGUCCUAGAAACUGGUCCUUGAUUAGCAAAUCUAUUCCGGGCCGAUCCGGUAAAUCUUGUCGUCUCCGCUGGUGCAACCAGCUCUCUCCGCAGGUUGAGCACCGCGCCUUUACCCCUGAAGAGGAUGAUACUAUAAUCCGUGCCCAUGCCCGCUUCGGCAACAAGUGGGCCACCAUCGCCCGCCUUCUUAAUGGCCGGACUGAUAACGCUAUUAAGAACCACUGGAACUCUACUCUCAAGAGGAAGUGCUCGAUGUCUGCGGUGGACGACGCUUGUUUUGGUGGUCGCGAUGUGUAUGAUGGUAAUUUGGAUGGUAAUAGUCAGCCGUUGAAGAGAUCGGUGAGUGCGGGUUCUGGUAUGGCUGUGUCUACGGGGCUUUAUAUGAAUCCAGGGAGCCCAUCUGGGUCUGAUGUCAGCGAUUCCGGUGUUCCUGUUUUGUCCUCUUCGCACGUGUACAGACCCGUGCCGAGAACAGGCCCGGUUAUUCAUCCAGUGGAAACGACAUCGUCUUCCAAUAACAACGACCCGCCGACCUUACUUAGCUUGUCUCUUCCAGGUGCUGAUUCCUCCGAGGUCUCCAACAGGCCAGCCGAAUCAACUGCAGUACGAGUGGCGGACUCGACUCCAGCAACAAACAUAAUUUCUUUGAUGCCGGCAGUGAAUCAAGUUCCAUCUCCGGCACCGGCAUCGGAAGUUGCUGUAGUGGGUAUGCAGCAGAGGGCAGUAAAUGGAGGGUUAGAGUCUGGAUUCGUUGGUUUCACUGCAGAUUUCAUGGCGGUGAUGCAAGAGAUGAUAAGAAGGGAGGUGAGGAAUUACAUGAUGGAGCAAAGUGGCGGCGGCGGCGGAAGUGGUGGAGGCGGUGGUAUGUGUUUUCAGGCUAUAGGUGGAGAAGGGUUUAGAAAUGUGGUGAUGAACCGAGUUGGGAUGAGUAAAAUUGAGUAGUGAGUGAAACUGAACAGCUAGAGGAUAUGGAGAAGAGAAAACUGGGCUUUUGUUUUCUCUCUUUUGUUUAGGGAAUAAUUUUGGGCAUUGUACAGAGGAAGAAAGAGAUGGGUAAAUGUGAAGAAAAAAUGAAAAUAAUAUUUGACGACGAAAGAAUCUUUUUGACAGAGAAGAAGAAGAAGAGAACCUUUGAUUUUGAUAAAAUUUGGAGCUUUUACCCAUUUCAGUAGCCUUGGUUAUGAUCAGGGAACUAAAAAUUGCAACAAUAAAA